UUGAUGAUUCCUACCAGUCAGUAUUAAGGCUGCAUUGGUCUUUCGUUCUGCACAACAAAGGGCAAACCGCCUGCGCGUCAACACAGAAUUCAGGGUGAAACUUUUCCACGAGCGUCCUCCGGUUUGCUUGUUGUCCAGUUCAACUGAAAAGACUCGCGCAGCCCAGCCAGGUGAUGCCAAAUCGUUGUUGAAAUUAGACAACACUCGUCCUCUGAAGUAUCAGCCAGAGGAGGAUGUCGUCCAGGAGAGUUUAUAAUUUAAUUUUUUAAAUUUUAUUUUUAUACCACACCGUGGUAUCGACUUUGGUAUCGGUAACGACUACUAGAUUUUUGACCUCUUUCUUGGUGACCACGUUCUGAAAUCUGUGCUCACACAGGCCUUGUCAAGAUGCGCUUGAUAAAAUCUCAACACAUACACGGGCUCUUACAAAUAACCUCAAAUAGUAAGCUUGGGCUUCGACAGACUUUGACGUCGUCAUCAUCAUCGUCAAUGAUGAUUUAUGGACUAAUACCUCCGGAGUUACACGAACAACUCCUUGAUCACAAGAACUACCAAAAUCGAACGAAUGGGAUAGAAGAGCUGAAAACCAUCCUGUCCGAGCUGGACUUGAAAACCGUUUCAUUUGACAGAAUUGUAGAGUUCAUCUACUUUUUACGCAGGCUCCUGGACGACACCAACUUUAAAGUCUUGUACGGCACUUUACGGGUCCUGAACCUCCUUGUUCAAAAGCUGGACUACGAUGUGGACAGAUAUUACAAACAGAUCGCGCAUGUGGCCCUCAAAACCCUGAGGGACACGCGUGCCGUUCCUCGGAACGAAUACAUGAACGUUUUUCGGCAGCUCAUGAGGAUCGUAGGGCCGCAGAAAGUUCUGGACCUUGUAACGGGACACUUGAAGCACAAAAACUCGAGAGUAAGAGAGGAUGUUCUGAACAUCGUUAUAGCUGCUGUGCUGGCGCACCCCAGGAAAGACUUCAACAUCCCGCAUCUGUGCUUUCUGGUCGCUCCUUAUCUUGCAGACAGCAAGAAGAGGGUGCGACACGCAGCCCUGGAGCUCUUUGCUGUUUUCGAUUACUGUCUUGACAUGGGCAAGAAACAACCUAUCAUGAAGGCUAUAGACAGGGUGGAGCUCACCGGUAACGCUCAGGGCCUUAUGGCUGCCGUACAGGCACGAAGGGCCAGGCACGUCCUUCCUCGGCUAUGUGCGGAUGGUAUGGUGGAAUACGCGCUGGUUAUCCCCAAACCUGGCCAACGGCGCACGCCCCAGUUCGGCUCCGGAGCCGAUCUGGAGUGGAUCCUUAACGGAGGCAGAUCGAAUAGCGUGAGGAGUCACAGGACGAACGUGAACUCGGAAGGGCUGAAUGCCUACAGCAGUUUUGGUUCCCUGACUGAUGAGAUACCAUUACAGAGGAGGAUAGUGAGUGCCGGCAAGGGCAAAAACAAGCUACCCUGGGAGAGGUCGAGCCUCCCGUCUGCAGGAAAUCAGGAGCCUUGCAGCACGUCGAAUGGAAAGUUGUCUGACAAGUCAAAUCUUGAAGAUCUCACUACCUCCAUGAAGCUGAAUCAGGAAUCUUGUGUCACACAGUCUGGUGUUCCCAGGACAGGUCGUCUGCUAGGGUCCAGAAACUCUAAUGUGGAGCAGGCUUUUUCUCUUUCGUCUAAUCCCACUCCUCCUGGCUCCUUUCUGUUGCCCUCCUACCCUCUUGCCACGCUGCCAGGGGUCCAGUUAACUCCCACGCUGUGUUCUCCUACCACUCCCACCAUCAGUGGCACCAAGAGCAGCCCUGGGAACGCCACAUCAAAAACAUGUAUCCCCAGACUGCUGUCGCAGAAAAAGAAAGCUCCUCCUUCCACCAUGGAACCAAGUCCUCAAGGUGUCCAACCGCAGGAAAAGCUUCUUUCUGAUGCCAGUGUCAGUGUUGUUGGUCAGAGAGUGUCUUACUCUAAGGGAGCAGCAGCGGAAGAAAAGCGAAGAGAAACGUCUUCGCCUCCCCACGUUAGACCUGCAGGUCGCCAACCGCUCCGAGCUUUAAGGACUGCCAAAGGUGAAUUAGUGUAUGUUGCAGAAUCUCAGCUACACAACACGAAGACCACCCCUGUUAGUGACAUGUCUGAGGGAGUAGUUGGGAGAGGAGUUUUUGGCUCCAUGGUCCGUUCAAGCCGACCCAAAGUGGCAGCAUGUCCUGAGCAGGAUGAGUCCAUAAACAAAGCCUCAUGGGAGCCACCAGCUGGAACAUAUGGCCAUGCUGUCUCUGGAAGUCAUGUUGAUUGUGACGACAGCCCAGAACCUGAUGAGGCAACGGAGAGGGUGAAGCUGUACAAGAUUGCAAGGGAUAAGAUGCGCCAACAAGCCCAGCCUACACCGCGAAUGAGAAUUAGACAUGUAACAUCUGAAGUGACCUCAGAUGAAGCAGCAUCUCUGCAAGAUGAAAUCAUACCCGUUACCCUAAAGAAGGAUUCUAAUGAGCAGGUGGAGUUGCGGCCAUUCUCCAGACCGGAGCUUGCCCUCACUCAGAGCUUCAGACUGCUUAACUCGGAUGACUGGGAGAAAAAAAUCGAGGGGCUCAUGUUCCUGCGCUGUUUGGCACGGUAUCACUCUGACGUGCUUAAUAGUAGGCUUCAUGAAGUCUGCCUUGCUCUCAUUCAAGAGGUUUGUAACCUGCGCUCCGGAGUGUCCCGCAUCGCCGUGGUGACUUUAGGAGAGCUAUACUCUGGCCUGCAGAAGGGAAUGGACCAGGAGCUGGAAGCAACAGCCAAAGUUCUGUUACACAAAACAAGAGAUACCAAUGCGUUCAUUAGGCAGCUCGCAGAUGCCGCGCUGGGCAACAUGGUGCAGAACUGCACACCUACACGCAGCAUGCAUGCCCUGCUUGCUGGAGGACUCGGUCACUUGAACGCAGCCGUAAGGAAGUGCACCGCUCAGCACUUGACUACUCUGGUCAAGAAGAUCGGUACCGGGCGUUUAUUGUCUGGAGCGAAAGAUCUCACGGACCGAAUCUUACCCGCUGUCUCUAAGCUGGCGCAAGACUCUUCACCUGAAACCAGAUAUUUUGGCCGGCAAAUGCUGCUGUUCUUGUCUUCUCACCGAGACUUUGUUAAAAUGGUGGAAAAGUACAUUCCUCCCAAAGACGUGGCAACCAUCAGGGACACCGUCGUCACUCUGAAGACCAAGGUGUCUGUUCGGAACAUCCGUUCAUCUAAGUGCACGGGACCGGGUGAGAUGCCUCAGGACACUCGUUCAGCUCGAGGCAGGCUCUCCAUGUCUGGCGACGGAAUGGUGCAUGCCUCAUCUCUCACUCGAGAGCCUCAGAUUUCCAGCAACAAAGACAACAGCAAAGCUCAGUUCCGCAGCAUCGCGGACAAGACUGAGUAUGUCAAGCAGCUCAAAGCCCUGCUGGCUUCAAAAGACUUCCAGGAACGCAUCAAGGGCAUCGAUCAGUUGGUGGCUGACUGUGAGGAAAACCCAUAUAUGGUCAUGGGCAACAUCUUCCCGGUGUUUGAUGUUUUUAAAGAACGGCUGCAGGAGUCAAACAGAAAAGUGAACCUCUAUGCGUUGGAGGCCUUACAGAAGAUAAUCCCCUUACUUAAAGACAGCUUGGCCCAAGCGGUCUAUAUCCUCGUCCCAGCUGUAGUGGACAACCACCUCAACUCGAAGAAUAAUGGCAUCUACACCGCUGCAACAGGCGCCAUACAUGCUCUGAUCAAUAACCUCGACAACACUCUACUUCUUCAGCCGUUUUGCACAAAGGCGCAGUUUCUCAGUGGGAAGGCUAAACUGGACCUUGUCGAUAGAGUUGCAGAGCUGGUCAGAGAGCUGUACCCCCGCAAGCCACAGCUGGUUAAACAGAAAGCACUCCCUCUGCUUUGGCAUCUCCUGGGUUCCUCCUGCAAGAGCGGCACGGUCCACGACCGGAGCGGCACCAUGAGAGGAGCCACCACCAACCUGUGCCAAGCGCUGCAUGCUCACAUGGGCCCCAUGCUGCUAAAUCAAGCUGCUUCACAACCUUCCAACAUCUUCAAGAGCCUGAAUGUGAUUCUUCACACCUUCACACCCCUCAGAAAUCCACGUUAGAACAUAUCCCCAGUUAACUGUAUAUCAGGUUUGAGAUUCCCAGGAGCUCUGCUCUGAAGAGACAGCUCCACUUCAGCACCACCAAUGUUUUGGACAGCUGGAGAGCGCGUGGCUGCGGGGCGGGGCUGCCGACACACACACGGCUGGUGGAUGAUACGCAGCGCGGCAAAUUUCCACCAUCCAGCAGCCGAUGGGAGAGUAUAAAAGGGCGAUCCUCCGCUUGCAAAGGGAGAGAAGGCUCUCGGGACACGUGCACUAAUCUGUGUUGUGUUCCUGGCAAACGACUCAGACGCGAGCGAAGACUCCGCCCCCUGGCUGCACCCACGGCGUUUUCUGAUGGCAGAAAGGGAUCCCUGCCACUCAGGAAAAACCCCAGCAGCCCCGCGGACGACUGAACACUUCACCUCAUGGUCUCACUUCUGCACACACUCACACACGUGCACACACACACCCUCAUGGACAUUUUAUAUAAAAAUUCAACGUGUGACCCCUAAGCCACCUCCUGUGUGUUUGUGCUCUGCGCACCACUGGCUAAAUUCCCUACACUGGUUGUUUUAAACCUUUUGUAUAUUUAUGAUUUAAAAACUCUUUUGUAUUGUAUAGUUAUGAUGUGUGAUGGCACAUUAUUAGCUUCAUGUAUGCUAUAUUAUAUUGCACUAUGUAAUGUGUUGUGUGUGUGUGUGUGUGUGUGUGUGUGUGUGUGGAGAUGAAAACUCUAUAAUGACUUGUUAACUGAUAAGUUGGACCUGUCCUACUCUCUUUUUGCAUGACCAAAUAUAGAGGUGGAGUGAAAAGAUUAUAUUUCUAGUACAAAAAGAUCUAUUUUGAUGUAUACAGAAAUUAACUCUGGAUGUUAAGCAGUCAUAUUUUUGGUGGAUGGUAAACAGGCAAAACAAAACCAUAUGAUGAAUGCUAGCUUCAUGCUAAUAGAUAUAUUUCUAGUCUACACUUGAAUUUAUGCCCAGGUCUGUAAUUCAGUAUCGUGCCUGUCUUUAAAUGCCUUUUUGGAGAUAUAAUGUUAAUUUAUAUUGAACAUGUCUCUCAACAUGGUGUACGACAAAGAUUGAUCUAUAUAUUAAAAUGUUUUAUUUCAGUAAA